AUGCACGAGUUGGCCCAUAUAUUGGCACGCAUACUAAGAGGAUCUGACCACUACAUGCUAAAAAUCAAUCAUUAUGGCAAUCUUGGUGACGAUGUCAAUGCAAGGGCGCUGCGUUGUGUCGGCUGUAGCAGAGUGGAGUUUAACGAUGACACAUUUUCAUCUAGGAGAUGCCUACAUGUCCUGGAACUAAAGGAGAGCUCCAUUCAGAAGCUACCUGACUCCAUCUCGCAACUGAGAUGCCUGGGGCAUCUUAAGAUAAUUGGUUUUUCUGGACUGAUAGCUCUGCCUGAGUCAUUUGGGCUUCUGACAAAUCUGAUCUAUAUUGAGUUAUCGGGCUGCCCUGGACUGGUAAAUCUAACAAAAUCAUUUGGAAAGCUAAUCCGUUUAGUGCAUGUCGACUUGUCAGGCUGCUCUGCGCUCCCAACUCUUCCGCAAUCAUUUGGGAAGCUAAUCCGUUUAGUGCAUGUCAACUUGUCAGGCUGCGCAAUGCUCGCUACUCUUCCGGAAUCAUUUGGGAAUCUCGUGAACUUGUCGCAUGUCGACCUGUCAUGCUGCCAUCGAUUGUCAGAUAUCCUAGAAGUGUUGCAGAAACUCGUCAAACUAGUAUACCUGGAUUUAUCAUCCUGGUCUUGUUUCGAAGGGAUAGGUAAAUGUCUGGGUGGCCUCACCAACCUGGAGCAUUUGAACUUGUCAAACCCUUGCUCUUAUCUUGCUCCACAUCGCUCCAGUCUCCAACAGCUAAAAUAUGGUCUGGGCAAGCUCACCAGCCUCCGGUAUCUGAACCUGUCAAUGUGCCUGAAUCAUAUCUUUUACUACAAGACACAGGAGGAAAGUCUCCAAUACAUUCAAUCAUGUGUCAGCAGCCUGUCAAGUCUGGAGCAUUUGGACUUAUCUCAUAACAUACUUCUUGCUGAUCUACCGCAAAGUCUAGGUAACCUCAACAAACUGCACACACUGGACCUCUCAGGCUGCAUCAGACUCAAGAAGAUAGGUGAAAUGAAGUCUCUCAAGUUCAUAGCUCUGAGGAACUGCAGGGGUCUAGUAAGUUGCAACUUUGUGGUUCACAUCAUCGAUGACGACGAUAUAUAUAGCAGCAGCAACAUUGUUCAGCUGGAGACUGUAAAUUGCCAAGAGCUCCAGAUAAGCGGCCUUGAAAAAGUUAAAUAUGAAGAGGAAGCACAGAGAAUCAGAUUGCUGGAGAAACAAAAGCUUGAAAAGUUGAAACUUUCUUGGACUCUGGACUCGAUCAGAUCAGUGGAGGACACUGCUUUGUUAGGGGAAUUAGUGCCACCACCUAAUCUGCAGUGCCUUGAGAUAAAUGGUUAUGACGGCACAUGCCUCCCAGAAUACCUGAGUGACCUCACCUCUCUCCGGGAACUAAAGAUUGUCUGCUGCAAACAGCUCAUCUCGCUGCCGGAUAGCAUAAAAGAACUCACCAACCUCGCGGAGCUGUGUAUUUUUGACUGCCCAGAACUAGAGAAGUGGUGUCAGCUAGAGGAGAUCAAGAAAAUGCUGGCGCACAUCCCCAAUAAGAAUUAUCAAGAACAUGCAAGUACUAGCUGGGCAGAGAUCGAGGAGGAUGGCAGAUCGAUAAAUGAGGUCAAGGUGGCAUAG